CAAUCAACUCAGCUGUGCUGUACCUCUUGUAGAGUGUGGAAAGUUUGACAUCGUGCGUGAAAAGUCUUUUCUAUUUGCCCUUUUCCUUUGUAGGGGAAUUUUCCUGGCUUUUCCAUCUGCCAGCAAGAGACAACAGAUGCUGUGGCAUUUACCCCUGCGACAGUGACUCAUAUAUGAAGAUCAAUACGGGUAAGUUCAUCAAUAAUUCUUCACGGUUCAGUGUGAGUGGAAAAGCGCUGGGGAAAAGCGAUGUAGUGCCACAGGGAGGAAAAGCCAAAACAAAAUACAAUUUUUUCACUCCCAUAAGUCCAAAAACAAAUAAAAAAACAACACUUGAAACAUUUUUUGUACAAAGAUAUCCAAGCCAAAGAUUAGAGAUAGGUGAACAAUAUAUAGAGACAUUUAUACAAGAGAAAACUUUUGAUUAAAGAGUGUCGUAGGAUUUUUUUUCGUGACAUUUUUCUUGUGCAAUUUUCACUUCAAUCGGAAGACAUUCCAUGUUUUCCCCAUUUUCACCUGCAAUUCCACCUUGUGUUUAGUUUUUUCGUCGUCCUCAGUGUGUCAUGUCUUUGGAGGAUCCAUUCUUUGUGGUCAAGGACGAGGUUUUCAAAGCACUCAACAAGACACGAGGACUGUACUUAAGGUGGAGGGAGUUGGGUGAUUCCAGUGGAGCCGAAGUUGAGUGGACAACGACAGAAUUGAGGAAUUCCCUGAGGAGUAUCGAGUGGGAUUUGGAAGACCUUGAGGACACCAUAGGAAUCGUCGAAAAGAAUCCCAGUAAGUUUAAGAUCGACAAUCGUGAACUGAUCACAAGGCGUCACUUCAUUGAAGCCACAAGGAAUGAAGUGAAGUCGAUGAAAGAUGAGAUUUGCGUGAGUCGGAGUCGAGAUAGAGACAUUACAGCUCGUCAGCCACUUCUGGACGCCCCUACAGACAGUCCCAGUGUCAUAACAGCUCCACCAUCCCUCAUGAGUUCAGCCACGCAGAAUCUGGCUUCGGCCGCUGCUCGCCACAGUGGCACAAAGUACUCAAAGUUGGAGAAUACCCUGGACAGCCCGACGCAUAGGUUCCUGGGCGAGAGUGUCUCAGCCCAGCAGCGUAUGUUUCAGGGUCAGGAUGAGCAACUAGAUGUGAUCAGUGACUCAAUUGGCACACUCAAAACAGUAUCUAGGCAAAUUGGGUCAGAACUGGACGAGCAGGCGGUCAUGCUGGAUGACUUUGGGAAUGAACUGGAGAACACAGACUCCAAACUGGACUCUACAAUGAAGAAAAUGGCCAAGGUCCUCCACAUGACCAAUGACAAUCGACAGUGGAUGGCCAUUGGAGUAUUGUCUCUGGUUCUUCUGAUUGUGAUAAUUCUGUUCAUUCUGCUAUAGAGCUGAAGACGUUCGGAGGGGAGAGAAUGGCCAGAGAGAGAUCGAAAAGACAGAUGAUCGUGGUGUGUAAAUUGAGGAAUCACUUAUCGUGUAUUUUAGAAAUGAAAUCAACGUCUUGCACAUGCAAUUUGUGUGGAGAGAGUGUUUGUGGAGAGUAUGGCUAGAGGAAAAUAUAAAAUCAUAGAAGAAUAUUCACAAGGAAAAUUUGAUCAAAGAAGAUUAUAAAAACGUAAAACAAUUUUUAAUUUAUGUGAAAACAGAAAAUUUUGUUCAAAACGAGCAAAAAAUGCACGAGAUUAGUUUCUAAUUAUUGAAAUAAUAGCAUUUUUUAAAUGUAUUUAAAAAAAAGAGAAUAAUGGUGAACUCAAACGAAAUAAUUCUUCCUGAUAUAAAAAAAAGACGUAGAAAACAAUUCUCAGAGUUUGAAUUAGAAGAAAAAAUUCCAAAAAAAAGUUCAGAGAUAUUUUCAAAGAUUUUACGGGGACCGAUUAUGAAAAACUAGUCAUUUACUUUUGAACCUCUGUACAUAAUAAAUCCAGCAUUAUGAGUAUUUAUUGUAGAAUGAUUAUAGACAUGGAAAUACAAUUAUAACUUACCCUUAUUGGC